AUGCCUUCCUUCAAAACCAUGUCGUGCUUUGCCUUCGGUGCUAUCCCUGGUCUUGCGAUCCGAUCUGCCAUAAACGCAUUCGCAUCCCAUGACGAGGACUGCUGGAAAGCCAAUCUCACUGUACCUGCUGGAUUCGACAAGCUGGGCACACUGGGGGACUUCUGGAUGAGUCAGUUUGGGCACACUUCACCUGACACUUUGGACACCCUGAUGGCCAUCAUAACGAGAAGCAUGGAAAAGCAGUGCCGAAGCGAGGUAGAAGGACUUCUGGAGGGACUGUUUGAGGAAUGUACGAAGACAGCGGACACUCGCGAAAAAGAAUGCCUCCAGGACCUCUUUGAGUGGUUUACUGGGGAGAACAGGCUCGGGGGACUCGUGUCCAAAUUGGCUCUGGCGCCCCAAGAAGCGAUGCUUUGGGCGGGUUUCUACGAUGGCGAUCCUCGAGGACUCAACCACACAGCCUUGCAGAGUUUUUCCAACAUGGUGGACAGGAGCAUCGUCCACCCCGGCACCAUUCUGGGCAAAGUGGUCCAGAAGAACAACGACCUCCUUGGCUGCAGAGGCGAUCCCGGGGCUUCCACGCCUUGCUUUAAAGGGUCGAAGACCGAUAAAGGUCCGGUUGCGAACUUUUGGACCAUCGCAAGCCGUGCCUUCGUGCAUGGCAUUGCUUCGAAGAAGCAGCCUUCCGUCGUGGCUGUCCUGAACAAAGGUUUAGAUCCGACGGAAGAGUGGUCGCUCUACGACUCUGUCUUUUGGAAUUAUGAACUGCAGACGCUGGCAGAGGAAGUGGCGACGAGCCCAGCCAGGUAUCAUCCACAGCUUCUCCUGGUCGAUAUGCGGGGCACCUGCGAGAAGCUGGUGAGGCUGGUGGCGGAUCGACUGGAAGAUCAAGUUUUCUACAUUGCACCACAUAUUCAGUAUUGGUUAUGUAUCAGUCCAAUCAUCUGCUUCGAUUGUGCCGAAGGCCAAUGUGAACUGGACAACGCCUUGGCUGGCAGAGUUCAAUCGUGUUUGGGUAAGGACGACUCUUUGUCAUCCUCUAUGUCACCCAGUUGUCCUCGGUUCUUGUAUACUGCCGGAACGGACUUGCGCAAAAUCUUCCGGGGUUCCAAUCUCAGCCGCCCUACGCUGCCUUGA